GUGUAGUUACGGAUUAGUUUAGAAUCAUUUCUACGUUAUACUCUUCAUCGACUUUUUAAAAAAAAUUUAGUUUAAUAGAUUUUUUUCUGUUAAAGGAAAACAAUAAAUUUUGGUAAGAAAGAGAUGGAUAUUGUUCAGAUUGAGAACAUCAAAGCAGCUAAACAAUAUCCUUGGAACGAAAAAGAUCUAGAAGAAUUUAGAGAAAUAGUCCUAAAGGAAGAAGACUUGAAUUCUAGGACGGAUGAUAUAUUCCUUUUAAGUUUUCUAAGAUCAAGAAAAUACAACAAACAGCGUGCUUUGGAAUUACUAAAAAAUUAUUAUUCAGUUAGAAGAAGCGUAGCUGAAUUUAAAAAUCACAGACCAUCGGCAAUAGAACAUGUUUUACAAGCAAAUAUCAUGUCAACUGUAUUUAUUGACAGCGGAAGACUGCUAGGAUUCGGUAGAGCAAGCUAUUGGGACACAACAAAGAUUCCUGCGAUAGAUUUAGGCAAAUGCAUAUUGCUGCACUUGGAUUACUAUUUGAAUGAUCAUCGCCUUCAAGUAAACGGACUUUCAGUGAUAAUCGAUAUGAAAGGUCUCUCAUGGAAGCAUGUGAUCUGCUUUACUCCAAGAUUUGUGAAAAUGCAUAUAACUUGUUUUAUC